AUGGACACGUCUUGGAAGGGUGUUGUUAAAUUGAUGGAUUUUGGGGUUGCCAUGAAGCUAACAGAGGCACAUGUUGAUAUGCAUUUUGUUGUUGGCUCACCUUACUGGAUGGCUCCCGAGAUGACCAUUUUACCCUUCAGGGAUGUGGAAAUGACAGAGAAGCUAGAUUACUCAUCUUUAGCAGCAGUUAUUGGAUUUUCUCUAAUAGUAUCAAUACUAAGAGCUUUCAUUAUAAAAAGUGAAGCUACACGUGUCAUGGUUGCAGCUCCUUUAAUCGCCUUUGUAACUACCCACAUCUUUUAUUUAAACUGCUACCAAUUUGACUUCUCAGAUCAUGGUUAUAGUUCUGAUAUGUGGGCAGUUGGUGCAAUACUUGCUGAACUUUUCACUUUGUGCCCGAUGUUUCCAGGGGAAAGUGAAAUAGAUCAGUUGUACAAGAUAUGUUGUGUUCUUGGCACACCUGAUUGGACCCUUUUUCCGGAUGCAAGGAAUGUUGCUUGGUUAAUGGAUAUCAAUUAUUCAAUGAUUAUGCCUGCAAAUCUUGCUGACCUUAUCCCAAAUGCAAGCUCGGAAGCUAUUAAUUUGAUCAAGGGAAGUAGAAUACAAGCAACAAUAAAAAAAAAUCUUAUUCCUGUAUUUGAAUCCCUAUUCGAUGAAGGAGCUGUCCGGGAGAUCAGUAACUUCGCUAUGGCUAGCAAUGAAGACGAAUACAUGCUUGUUCCUCAUAAACAUAAAAUCAAUUUCUACAAAACCACAAAAGUUCGUGUAUCCACUGAUUUUGUUGAUACAGUAGAUCCUUAUCAUUUUAUCUCUUUCCCAGAUUUGCUAGCCAGGAACUUUGACACUCGUGUUGCAUUUGAUUUUCUUGGUGAAGUUGUGUCAACUGAUCCCAUGCGAGUCAUUGUUGAGUAUGGAAAAGAGAAAAGGUUAAUGAAUCUGGUUGCUCAGGAUUUAAGUGGUACGAAAAUUGCAGUCGCUUUGUGGAACAGUUUUGCACUAAAGCUGAAUACUUACAUUUCACAACAUGAUAAUGACACUGCUCCUGUUAUUAUCCUGCUAUGUUUGGCCAAACUCAAAAUUUGGGGUGGUCAACCUCAAGUUGGUAAUUGUUUGUUUGGGUCUAGAUUGCAUAUAAAUGAUGAUAUGCCUCAGAUUUUAGAGUUCAAAUCAAAUCUUAAUGCUUUGGAUACGAAUGUUGAGUCUUCUAGCCGUACAUCCCAGCUCAACUCAGAUACUGUUGUCGCUAAUCCAGAGGAUUACUACCUCCGUUUUCAAAUAAAAAACAUUGAUGAGAUUCCUGAUUUUAAUGAGGAAGUUGGUUUAACCAUCAUCGCUACUAUCAUUGGUUUUGAUAUGGAUGAUGGUUGGUAUUCAUUUUAUUGUCGUGAUUGUUCUAAAAAAGUUACUAAAAAUGAUGAUGAUGUUGAUGCUGGCCGUUUUCACUGUGAUGGUUGUGGAUUUGUCUCGGAUGUAGUUGGAAAGAUUAGGAUAGUAGUUCGUGUGCAAGAUGAAAGUGGGUCUUCUUCGUUCGUAUUGUUUGAGCGUCAUGUAAAAGAUCUUAUUCAUCGUGGAAACCAAUGGUUGAUGGAAAAAAUAGCUAAGGAUCAAGGGCGACAACAGAUACCUGAUGAGUUCAAAAUCCUUCUAAAUAAGAAGUUUGUCUUCAAAGUUCAGAUAUCCAUGUUCAAUCUGCAGAACAACUAUCGUGCUUACACUGUGCAUAAGUUGACUGAUGAUGAAAGGGUUCUUGCUGAGGUUUUUAAACGGUCACCAAAUCAUGAACACCAUAAUAUAAAUGAUAAUGAUACUCCUAUUAACAAACCAAAUAAGGAAAAUACUAAUUCUGUGCAUGAUGACAAUCUUGAUGUUGUUGACCUUGAAGCUGUAACACCAUCAUCCAGUAUGGGGAAGCGCCCUAUUGAGAUUGAUGCCAACACCGACUGUUUGGAGUGAUCUUCUUAAAAAACUGGUGUUGUACGGGAUACCUUGAAGAUCCCAAAGUUGGAAAAGUUGGACUAAUAUGAAGCUGCCCAACAAAAUUUUACAUAUCAUCUUCAAUAUGUUUAGAGACAUUUUCUUUUUAAUCUUUUGUGUGUCGCACUUUUAAUUGUCUGUUUAUGGAUCUUUUGGUAGUUUUUAAAAUUUUAUUGGGUUGUUAUUUGGUGUGAACACGAUGAUAGAAUUGAAAGUUAUGACAAUUUCAAGUUAUUGAACUGUUUUGAUUUAAUGC